AUGUCCUACGAUCUAGAGCGCAUCAAUGCGCUCAUUGCCCAUACAAAACACAUAACAGAGCAUCUGGUUCGUUUGCGAUCAACGCUCGAGCCUACCACGCCCGUUUCCACAUCGCAACACCUGGCGGCUGUGGCUCGCGACGUUUUGCGAUUAUCCGAUGACCCCUCCAACGUCACCCUGUCGAGGUACGGCGAGCCCGACGCCGCGCGAAAUCCGCCUCCAGACUUGGCUCCUUCGACUCCAGCAUCAAGCAUCGUGUCCGACACUUCUACGUCUCGAAAAAAAUUCGAGCCUCUGACACAGACAGUACGGGCUGUCGGUGUGCCACCAUCGCCAAUCACCCCUCCAUCACCCAUUCAUACCGGCAUUGCCGGCCUAGGGACUGAUCCCACUCAACCGCAUGCCUUGGUACCAAGGAAACGGUUACCUUCGUCGGCUGGUGCUAGCUGCGAUGACGCUGAAUUAGAACGAGAUGUCUUAGCGCGACGCCGAAAACACGAAGCAUCAUUUGGCAAGGAGGAUCAUACUCUGAGCAGAGCAACAUCGCCGGGACAGAGCUCGGGAGAUCUGCGAAAACUCGUCUACAACAUCAAGAAUCGCGACAAGCUGUCUCGCAUUCCCACCUUCAUCGACACAGAUCCCCCGUCCACCAUCAUGCUGCGCCGAGUCGCCGCGGUGCAAGGCGGCCCAGCCAUCAGACAGUUCUGCUCCCUCAUCCAUACAAGACGAUCGCGCGAAACGGAGAUGGGUCUCUUGAAAGUCGACAGCACCGGCAUCGAGCGGGCCCUAGAGCUUACAAAGCGACUUCGAGUAUUGACGGGACGGACGACAUUCGGCGCCUUCUUAACGCGCCUGGUCCAAUACCACAUUGCCGAGGCCGUCGACGAUACCAAGGCAGGGCGACUGCGAGCCGACGGGGCCGAGAUCAAGAAAGCGAUGAACAAGUUCGGAUGGAAGGAGGCGGAGCGACCGCGGUUCUUCCAGUACCUGCGACAAGGCAGGUCGUGGCGCUCAAUCUGUAGAAAGCAUGUCGGGCUGCUGAGCUUGAUACCCCUCAAAGCAGAAGCGCCCUAUGGCGUGUCGGCAAGCGACUACCUCAGCAUGAAGGGAAGCGAGCUAGACACUUUCGCGCAGAUGAUCGACGACCCGUUUGUCGCGGGCAUCGCCACGGCCGCAGCGGCGUUCCAAGACAUGGUUCUGGGCACGAGGCACGAUGCCGUGUUUGUGUGGGAGAAGAGCCAGCCUCAGCUGCAUACGUGGGAAGGCUACAUGACCGAGGCCACCCUACUUGACAUGGUACAGCCUCACCCGAGCUACGAGGACUGCUUCUACGACGAGAGAGACUUUGUAGACGCUCUCAAGCCGCCAUCCUGGCCAGGGGACUGGGCCUGGCCCAUGGAUCCGCUCGGAAUCCCUCUGUCUCACAAGCAAUGUGAUCUCUGUGUCGACGCCAGCGGCUGCUGCUGUCGCCGCACGAAAGUGAAUGCAGCACGCAAGCCGCAAAUCAAGUCAUUCGGGAAGCAGGGCAUAGGGCUCCAAGCUCUCGCCACGCAUGAGGGCGAGUUGGCCUACCGCAAGGGCGACAUCAUCGGGCAGCUUACGGGGCGGCUCGUGCCCAGAGACUCCCACCCGUACAACUCUCUGUGGAUCGUGGAGAUGCGGCGGUUCGAUCUCGAGGGCGACCCCAUCGUCUGCCAGAUCGAUGUCGGGGGGCCCGCCAGUACCUUUCGCAACCUGAACCAUUCGUGCCGCUCGUCGGCGAGGUUCAUACCGCGCAGAGCAUCGGGGAGAUGGAUCAUGGCUGUCGAAGCCACGAGGGACGUGAGGCAUGGUGAGCAAAUUACCAUCAAUUUUGGUAAAGCAUUCUUGCGCAAUCAGGGUAUACGGUGUGACUGCGAGGUUUGCCAUGUACCUACAUGA